CUACCUGAAACCUGUAUGUUUUCAGUCUCAUUUACUCAAAGCACACAGAGUGAGGGAGAGAGAGAGAGAGAGAGAGUGAGCGUAUUGUUCAGGCAUGCAUUAAUGCCUCUCAGCGGCAAAGCGUGAUUACCUCUUUCUUUCCUUUGUUUCUUAUUUCCAUCGCAGACACUCUCACGCUCACUCGCAAGAGACUGCAACACAAACAAAAUCAUAUAAUCAUAAAUCCCUAAGACCUUUCCCUCUCUAAAGCUAUACGGCGCAGAGAUAUAGAGACUGAGAGAAAUAGAGACUGAGAGAAAGAGAGGAAUAUGGACCUGAGCAAGGCCACGCUGGAGAUCUUCACCAAGCUGGAGCAGAAAUGGCUCUCGCACUGUGAGAACACAAAGAAGACUCGCAUUCUCAGCAUCGACGGCGGCGGAACCACCACCAUUGUCGUCGGUUCCGCCCUUAUCCACCUCGAGGACCAGAUCCGUCUCAAGACCGGCGAUUCCCGCGCCCGAAUCGCCGAUUUCUUCGACCUCAUUGCCGGAACCGGCGUCGGCGCCCUCCUCGCCGCCAUGCUCUCAGCCGCCGACGCCUCCGGCCGCCCUCUCUUCUCCGCCAGAGAAGCCGUCAAUCUCAUUUCCGCAAGAAACUCGGAACUCUUCAAACUCCGCCUAGCCGGGAUGUUUCGCCGGCGCCGGAGAUACUCCGGCAAGAGCAUGGACAAGGUGCUCAAGGAAGUGUUCAAGAGAGAGGACGGCACCGUCUUGACCUUGAAGGACACCUGUAAGCCUCUCCUUAUUCCUUGCUUCGACCUCAAGAGCUCGGCUCCCUUCGUGUUCUCCCGAGCCGACGCUUCCGAGUCACCGAGCUUUAACUUCGAGCUCUGGAAGGUGUGCCGCGCCACGUCAGCAACGCCGAGCCUCUUCAAACCGUUCAACCUAACGUCCGUCGACUGCAAGACCUCCUGCUCCGCCGUAGACGGCGGCCUCGUCAUGAACAACCCGACGGCCGCCGCCGUAACUCACGUGCUCCACAACAAGCGUGAUUUCCCGUCCAUUAACGGCGUCGAGGAUCUGUUAGUCCUAUCGUUAGGUAACGGCGCGUCGAGCGGUGGUGACCGUGGACAAAAACUCCGUCAUAACGGCGAGUGCUCGACGUCCUCGGUGGUCGACAUUGUGCUCGAUGGAGUUUCCGAGACCGUGGAUCAGAUGUUGGGGAACGCCUUUUGCUGGAACCGCACGGACUAUGUUAGAAUUCAGGCGAACGGUUUGGCAAGGGAAAUAGAGGUGGGGCCGAGAAUGGAGGUGUUGAAGGAGAGAGGGGUGGAGUCGUUACCGUUUGGCGGAAAGCGGUUAUUGACGGAGACUAACGGACAGAGGAUCGAGAGCUUCGUGCAACGCCUAGUUGCUUCGGGGAGGAGCAGCCUUCCUCCCAGUCCCUGCAAGGAUUCCGCCGUUAGCCCCCUCGCAACUGGCCGUUAGUUUUAGGUUUUUUUUUUUUUCUUUAAUUUUUUUUGUUAAGAGACAUUGGAGCCAAGCUCAGGUCCACCGGAUUGUCUCUGUUUCCGAGUUAAAUAGCAGUUAAAAUAAUAACUUGUUCAGCUCUUCUCUCUCUCUGUCUGUGAAGUGCUUAAUUAGCUUUGA